AUGGUAAUGGAAGAAAAUAUUUAUGACAAAAAAUUCACUUGCGAUGAAGAAGUUUCAUUGUUUGCACUUUCUGUGAAGAAUUUUCAACUCCGAGUAUUUUCCAACAGUAAACUUUACUCACAUCGUAUUUGCAAUAAAAAGUUCAAAACAAGGUCAAGCUUCAAGAAACUAUAUGGACAAGCUUAUUUGUUAAUGGCUGAUGUCGUUGUCAUUACGAUUAAGUAUCGACUUGGUGCUUUGAGAUUUGUUUUCAUGGAAAGCUAA